UGGUCAGCUGACUUUCACUGGAGCAGCUGUGUGCAGUCGUGCAUUCUCAUUUCUCACAAAGCACAACCAGCACAGACGAUAGAGGAGCACGGAGCUGAAAAUCACGACAGAAAAACCCUGAUCCGCUCAGGACGUUUAUCCAUCAGGACGUGCUACGUUUGGGAACACAGCCAUGGGUAUGGACCGUACGGUAUUCCUGCUGUCAAUGCUGACGACUCUGUCGCUUGCCAUCGAGGUGCCAUCGGAUGACUCAGUGGGCUUGUUGGCAGAGCCCCAGGUGGCCAUGUUUUGUGGGAAACUCAACAUGCAUAUCAACAUCCAGAGUGGCAAGUGGGAGCCGGAUCCAACUGGCACCAAGAGCUGCAUCAGCACCAAAGACGGCAUCCUUCAGUACUGCCAAGAGGUAUACCCAGACCUCCAGAUCACUAACGUAGUCGAGGCCAACCAGCCCGUCAGCAUCCAGAACUGGUGCAAAAUGGGUCGUCGCCAGUGCCGCAGUCACACGCGCAUUGUGGUCCCCUACCGCUGCCUGGUUGGGGAGUUUGUCAGCGAUGCCCUCCUCGUCCCAGAUAAGUGCAAGUUCCUGCACCAGGAGCGAAUGGACAUGUGCGAGAGUCAUCUGCACUGGCACACAGUAGCCAAAGAGUCCUGCGGUGAUCGUUCCAUGAAUCUCCAUGACUACGGUAUGCUGCUACCGUGUGGCAUCGACCGUUUCCGUGGUGUCGAGUUUGUGUGCUGCCCUAUGGAGGAGCAGAAGGAGUUAGACAGCGAGGAGCAGGAGGAGGCCAACUCAGAUGUGUGGUGGGGCGGCGCAGAGGCCGAGUAUACUGACGGCAGCGUACUGAGAGAACAGGCCCCGACCAAACCAGAGCCUGCAGUGACUGAGGAUGAUGAGGAUAUCGACAACGAGGAAGAGGAUGUCUGGGACAACGAUGAAGAUGGUGACGGUGAAGAUGAUGAAGACGAGGAAGAUGACGAUGAAGACACUGAUGAACAAGACACCAGUCAGCAGACCUCCAACGUUGCCAUGACAACCACCACCACUACCACAACAGAGUCUAUAGAGGAGGUUGUGCGAGCGGUAUGCUGGGCCCCUCCUCGGUCGGGGCCGUGCCAUGCCAAGCUAUCCCGCUGGUAUUUUGUGGUGCAGACGGGCCGAUGCGCCCCCUUCAUGUUUGGGGGCUGCGGGGGUAACCGCAAUAACUUUGAAUCAGAGGAGUACUGCGUGGCUGUCUGCAGCAGCAGUGUGUUGCCAACCAUGGCCCCGAGCCCUGCUGAUGCUGUGGAUCAUUACCUGGAAGCUCCAGGAGAUAUGAAUGAGCACACCCGCUUCCAGAAGACAAAGGAGAGCCUGGAGGCCAAACACAGAGAGGAAAUGUCAGAGGUGAUGAGAAAAUGGGAGGAGGCAGAGAGACAGGCGAAGAAUCUUCCUCGUGCUGAUAAGAAGACCAUAAUUCAGCGCUUCCAGGAGAAGGUGGAGGCGUUGGAGAAGGAAGCGGCCGGGGAGAGACAGCAGCUGGUAGAAACCCACAUGGCACGAGUGGAAGCUCUGCUGAACGACCGUCGCCGUCAGGCCCUGGAAAGCUACCUUAGCGCCCUGCAGUCUGACCAGCCUCGGCCUCGGCAGGUCCUCAGUCUGUUGAAGAAGUACAUACGAGCGGAGCAGAAGGACAGGCAGCACACUCUCAAACACUUUGAGCAUGUGCGAGAGGUGGAUCCCAAGAAGGCAUCUCAGAUUCGGCCAUUUGUGAUGACCCAUCUGCGUGUGAUUGAAGAGCGCAUGAACCAGUCCUUGGGGUACCUCUACAAGUUGCCACAAGUGGCUAAUGAAAUCCAAGACCAAGUAGCAUUGCUGAUUCAGUGUGAUCAGGCUGAAGUCACCCAACAGCUGUCGUCUCUCCAGAGUAAGAUGAGGGUGAGCUAUGGGAACGACGCCCUGAUGCCCGACCUGCCUGACAGCACCACCCCCCUGGACACUCUGCCACCAGAGCAGGACAGCCUGGGCUUCAUCCACCCCGAAAGCUUCAACCAGGCCAACACUGACAACCACGUUGAACCCGUAGAUGUCCGUCCAAUUCCAGAUAAGGGUCUGCCUACGAGACCCGAGAUUCCAAAGGUUCGUCUGGACAUUGAGGAAAGGCACAACACUGGUUAUGAUGUUCGUGACAAGAGACUGAUGUUCCUUGCAGAAGACAUGGGCUCUAAUAAGGGGGCAAUCAUUGGGCUGAUGGUGGGUGGAGUUGUCAUCGCUACUGUCAUCGUAAUCACUCUUGUUAUGUUAAGGAAGAAGCAGUACACUAACAUUCACCAUGGAGUUAUUGAGGUGGAUGCAGCAGUGACUCCUGAGGAACGUCAUCUCACUAAGAUGCAGCAGAACGGCUAUGAGAACCCCACCUACAAGUUCUUCGAGCAAAUGCAGAACUAAAGAACCACUUCAGAUCCCCACACUCCCCCUCACCACCAACCAUCACCCCACUCUAUCAGGACAGCGAAUGCAGACUGAUCCCUCAUUCACACUAUCGCUCAGCUCUGUCACCAUGGAGAUGAGAGUGGCUUCCAUCACCUGACCAUUUCAUCCAAUCGAAUGAGCGCUCACUCAGUUUGCACAGAAGAGUGAUGUGUCAUUGCUGCCCAUCCAGCCAUCUGUCAGUACGUUGGUCCAUCUGUGCGCUCCCAUGCCUGUCCAUCACAGCACUCUGGUGAAUGAAGCAUUCUCUUUGCCCAUGCUUUCCUUCUAACUUACCCAUGAUCCUCUAAACCAUCAAGUUUUAUUUUUUUCUUUCUCUACUCUCUCUCGACCAUUUAUGUUCCCCUCCAGAACUUCCUUAAGCACUUACGUCGCCUUCUCUUUUUGUUUGCACGUUUCCUUCCUCCUCCCUCCUUCCUUUUUCCUGAGCACACAGAUGAUGCGGUGCUGUGUUUGGCUACAUGAGGCUCCAACCACAAACAACCAGAUGCCGAAUAAUGUACUCAUUGUUUAACUUUUCAUUCAGGGUUUCUUUUUUUUGUUUUUUUUUCUGGAAAAAAAU